GAAGAAAUAAUUGACUUUUAUAAGUACAUGUCUCCCAGACCUGAAGAAGAGAGAAUGCGGAUGGAAGUGGUGAACAGGAUAGAAAACGUUAUAAAAGAGCUGUGGCCUAAUGCAGAUGUGCAGAUAUUUGGAAGCUUUAAAACUGGUUUAUAUUUACCUACAAGUGAUAUUGAUUUAGUUGUUUUUGGAAAAUGGGAGACGUUACCUCUUUGGACCUUGGAAGAAGCUCUUAGAAAGCACAAUGUAGCAGAUGAAAACUCAGUAAAAGUUUUAGAUAAAGCAACUGUACCUAUCAUUAAACUGACAGAUUCCUUCACUGAAGUGAAAGUUGAUAUAAGCUUUAAUGUACAGAACGGGGUUAAAGCAGCCCAGCUCAUCAAAGAUUUUAUCAAGAAAUAUCCUGUAUUACCGUAUCUAGUUUUAGUAUUGAAACAGUUCCUGUUGCAGAGGGACCUUAAUGAAGUAUUUACAGGUGGAAUCGGUUCUUAUAGUCUUUUUUUAAUGGCUGUCAGUUUCCUUCAGCUGCAUCCCAGGGAAGAUGCCUGUAUGCCCAAUGCCAACUAUGGUGUUCUUUUAAUAGAGUUUUUUGAAUUAUAUGGACGUCACUUCAAUUACCUGAAGACUGGAAUCCGAAUAAAGGAUGGUGGCUCUUAUGUUGCCAAGGACGAAGUGCAAAAAAGCAUGCUGGAUGGCUACAGACCAUCAAUGCUGUACAUUGAAGAUCCAUUACAGCCAGGUAAUGAUGUUGGGAGGAGUUCCUAUGGUGCCAUGCAAGUGAAACAGGCUUUUGAUUAUGCCUAUGUUGUUUUGAGCCAUGCAGUUUCCCCAAUAGCUAAAUAUUAUCCUAACAACGAAACAGAAAGUAUAUUAGGUAGAAUAAUUAGAGUAACGCAAGAAGUGGCCACGUACAGAGACUGGAUAUCAAAGCAGUGGGGAAUGCAAAGCAGGACAGACGCUGCGUGUAAUGGUAAUGGAGUAACCUUGAUAGUAGAUACUCAACAACUAGACAAAUGCAACAAUAACCUUGCUGAAGAGAGUGAAGCACUGGGAAAACCUAGAAAUAAAACUUCAGAAACGCUUAGUAAACAUUCUUCAAAUUCUUCAUCAGGUCCUUUAUCAUCAUCGUCAUCUAUGCUGUCCAGCUCAAGUGAUGUAGAUUCUGACGGAACACCUUGCAAAACCUCUAAACAACUGAGCUGUCGUCAGUCUACCACAAACAGAGUGGGGUCACAAGAAGUGUCACUAGAAUCCUCCCAGUCAAGUGGGAAAACACAAAAUAGCCAAACAGCCAACACAUCCAGCAAUGCGAACAAAUCUCAGCAUGGAUCUGCACGGUUAUUUCGCUCUUCUAACAAAGGCUUCCAAGGUCCAACAAACUCAAGCCACGGUACCUCAGUCACAAACAAACAACAUCAAGGCAGCAAAUCACACCAUCAGUUUUUCCACGGCAAAAAAAGGAAACACAAGAGGGAUGCGGCCCUUUCAGACCUUUGUCGAUAGUUGCCUAUUUGAUGACUGUUCUUCUGUGUGCAAUGAUCUCAUGCUACAGGAUAGUUUGAUAGUGACUCCUUGGAUCUCUUCCGGAGCUUCAGACUGUUCAGACAUUGAUUAGCAACUGCAUUUUUUUUUCCCAGCUCGCCACGGAACGGAUCAUGAAGAUUGAUCACUGCAAAAAAAAA